AUGAUUUCAACAGAGCAGCCGCCUCGCCGCACCGGCCUGAUCGUGGGAGCCGCCGCCACCACGGCCGCGCUCUUCGUCCUCGGCGUCUUCGUCCACCAGCGCCACUACAACGCGCUGACGCAGAUGUCGGACAUGACUUCGGCGAUGACGGCCUCCGACCCUCUCUCGACGUACUACGGCGGCGCGCGACGCCUCGAGCCUUGUUGCCCAUACCUGGGCGGCUCGAACGUCAAAGGACCCGAGCCCAACGCGACGUUCGGCCCUGCUCCAUUCUAUCAGUUUGUCGGCGAGUCGGCGAUCGUCGGCGCAAAGUACUCGGCGGCGGGCGCCCAGACGGUCGCUGACUUUGCCACCGCCGGCGCGGCCGGAGGCGGGUACAACCCGGUCGAAAACACGGCCAAGCGCUUCUCGGCGCUCUCGCUCACCACCGCCAACGACUAUGGCACCCUGGCAAUGGGCGGCUCCGUCAAGAACCCGGAGCGCGGCAUCGUCGAGGACGUGCUGGCCGACCCUUCGCACGCGGGCGACAUUCUCGUCAAGGCGAGAGAUCGCAGAGAGAGGAGGAGAGGCCCUCUGAACACACAGGCCCAGAACGACGCGAUGACGCAGAUGUCGGGUGCCGCGGCGGCAAAGAUGCCGGCGGCGCAGACCGGCGACAUGUCUCACGCCGGAGACGCCGUCGCGCAAAACGACGCCAUCGCGCAGGCCAAGGGCGCGGCGGCGGCAAAGAUGGACGAGCAGGGCGUGCCGUCCGCGCAGGCCGCAGACCUGCCGCACGCGGGGGACAACAUCGCCGAGAACGGCGCCGUGGCGCAGGCCGAGGCGGCGGUGGCGGCAAAGCUGCAGGCGUAGGAGGCUGUUGAGGUUGCGGCGGCAGAAGCGGUGAGUGUGAACAAGCGCAUGUGCCAUGUGUGCCACAUGCAUGUACGUGUGACCGUCGUGCGAAAGUUCUCGUGUUCCGCUGCGGCGCAUGGGUGAUGCUCCGAUAAACCCUCCGGAUCUUCGCAUUCCUGGAUAAAGCAGACACCA